UUAAAAAGAGGAUCCAAACAGUUUUUAAAUUUAAUUUAAGGAGUGAACAGAGAAGAGAGUUUCAGAGACUGACUUAGGAGAGAGGUUUAUUGCUUUGCUUUUAAGAAGAGAAAAGGUCAACAAGGUAGCGAUCUAAGCAUGUUCACAAGUUUGUCUGAGCAUCGUGCAGGUUUGUCAUCAUGCCCUCAAAACCCGGCUAGCUUUGCAUCCAGACAUUCUGGCCCACCAGUUCUAGGGCCUGGGGCAUUGAUUGAGGCCAGACCAAACUCGCAGAUGGAUGUUUCUGGCCAAGAAGCAAAGAGUGAGCCAUCUGCUGGAGCUGUUGUUCGAGUAGAGAUUGGUUUAGGAACCAUUGAGAAUGAGCAGGUGGAUGCCAUUGUAUCACCGAUGGUUGGCCAUGAUCCUGCCUCUACUCGCAUUGGAAAAAUUUUAAACAAUGUCACUGGUGGUCAGUUGGAAGUUAAGUUUUCCCAGGAAGCAGGAGAAGCAACUCUUCCAAGUGAAACAGUUGUGGUUGAAGGGUUACCUGGUCUUAAAUGUAAAGCAGUCAUUUUCCUCAACUUACUCUGCUGGGAUGAUAACCAAAAUGGAUCAGCAGUCCAGGCACUUAGACAGGGAAUCAAAAGGAUUUUUGCUAUAUGUAAUAUCAGAGGCUACAGUUCAGUCACUCUUCCAGUGCUUGGAACUGGUGUUUUAUUGUGUUUUCCACCCAAAAUUACUUCCUUAAUUCUUCUGGAGGAAGUUGGUAUAUAUGGACAAAACCAAAUCAGCAGAUCAGGCUUCCUUGUUCGAGUCAUUAUUCACCCAAAGGACAAAGAAUCAAGUCAGGCAUUUUGGUCUGCUCAGGGGAUAUUGCUUCAAAGAGGGUUCAUUAACAAUAUUAUUCCGGAUCAAGGUUCCUUUUACCAGUGUGUUUCUUUAACUAAAGAUGAGAUCACAGCCAUGAUGGGUGGAGUCAAACUUCAGAUUCUCUGCGGCGACAUCGUAAAUGAAAGAACAGACGUUAUUGUCAACACAACCAACUUUGAAAACUUAUGGUUUGGUGUCUCUAAAGCCAUUCUGACAGCAGCAGGCCCAGCUGUCCAUGCUGAAUUGAAACAAG